AUGUCUGGCAUCUGCAGGGCCCGUCUCGCUGAAGAGCGCAAGCAAUGGCGCAAGGAUCACCCCUUCGGCUUCUACGCUAAACCCACCAAAGCCGCCGAUGGCUCCAUGAACCUCCUGGAGUGGGAGGUCGGAAUCCCCGGAAAAGCUGGGACACCAUGGGAAGGUGGUGUCUACAAGCUCAUGAUGAUAUUCCCCGAAGACUAUCCAUCUAAGCCCCCCAAAUGUAAAUUCUCGCCGCCCUUGUUCCAUCCGAAUGUCUACCCCUCAGGGACCGUGUGCCUGUCUAUCCUGGACGAGGAGAAGUCAUGGAAACCGGCGAUUACGAUCAAGCAGGUCGUUCUUGGGAUCCAAGAACUACUAAACGACCCUAACAUCAACGAUCCGGCGCAAAGUGACGCUUACACCAUGUUCAAGAACGACAAGGUGGCAUAUGAGCGCCGCAUCAAGCAGCAGGCGCGCGAGAACGUGCCAAAGUAAACAAGUUUCUUCGUCUGGCGAUCCCAUCUGCUCUGUACUGUUGUCGGGUUAUAUUCUUACACUAUAUGAUUAUGUUUUCCUGGGGAAUGCUUGUAUAUGCAUCGUGGUUUUGUUUGUCUGGCCAUGCAACUUGCGCAUGAGGUGCGCUCAGGUACACGGUGUCACGAUGGGGCCAUGUUAUACGAUCGAGUACAUGGAGAAUGCGCUACCAGUGAGAGAAGAGGUGAGGGAGCAGAUACCCGGCCCGAUCAGUACGUCAGUCUCUCGACUGCGAGCCGCACGGUCUGAAUCUGACUGGAAAGCUCCUUGUUCUCGUUCGUGGUAAUGCUCGCGGCGAUGACGGGCCUGGUCACGCCACAGGCACGGCCCAGCGCAGCCUUGGAGGGCACGAAAAUGUACGACACGUUCUUCUCCUCGCAGAGUAGAGGGAGGUGCAGAAGAAUCUCCAGGGGCUCCGUGUCGGCAGUCAAGAUGAUGAGCUCUGCGAUACCACGGUUGAGGGUCUUCGUGGCUUCAUUGGCUCCUUUUUUGAGCUGCUUGAACUGCGACGCACGCUCGACGAGGUCGAGGAUCGAGUUGGUGAGGUCGGCUUGGGCGAGGGGGAACGCCUUGCUCGCGGAGUCUUCGGCGGACAUCGUGUGUAGUUUUUAGAGCGACCUCACGUUGGGUUGAUCCUUGGUCGUAGUCGUCAGAUGGUCCUUCCCGUGAGCAGGAUGGAAGUCG